GCACUCAGACGAGAGCAAGGAUGAGGGAAAUCGUCCACAUUCAGAUCGGCCAGUGUGGGAACCAGAUUGGAGCCAAGUGGUGGAGGGUGAUCGGCGAGGAGCACGGGAUCAACGAACUGGGGAGCUACGGCGGGGACUGUGCCCUGCAGCUGGAGCGGAUCAGCGUGUACUACAAUGAGGCCCAUGGUAAGAAGUAUGUGCCUCGAGCAGUGCUAGACCUGGAACCCGGGACCAUGGACAGCAUCCGGUCCAGCAAGCUGGGAGCCCGCUUCCAACCUGAUAGUUUUGUUCAUGGAAACUCUGGUGCUGGCAACAACUGGGCCAAGGGCCACUACACGGAGGGUGCAGAGCUGGUGGACUCGGUCCUGGAUGUGGUGCGGCGGGAGAGCGAGGCCUGCGACUGUCUGCAGGGCUUCCAGGUCGUGCACUCGCUGGGCGGUGGCACGGGUUCGGGCAUGGGCACGCUGCUGAUGAACAAGAUCCGUGAAGAAUACCCUGACCGCAUCCUUAAUUCCUUCAGUGUCAUGCCCUCACCCAAGGUGUCCGACACAGUGGUGGAACCCUACAACGCCGUGUUGUCUCUGCACCAGCUCCUGGAGAAUGCCGACGCCUGCUUCUGCAUAGACAACGAGGCGCUCUACGACAUCUGUUUCCGCACCCUCAAACUCAGCACACCCGCUUAUGGCGACCUCAACCACCUGGUGUCGCUGGACCAUGAGUGGCAUCUCCACCGUCGCUGGCGCUUCCCAGGCCAACUCAACGCUGACCUGCGCAAGUUGGCUGUGAACAUGGUCCCCUUCCCCAGAUUGCAUUUCUUCAUGCCCUGCUUCGCACCCCUCACGGCACAGGGCAGCCAAGCCUUACCGUGCUCGUCGGUGGCCGAGCUCACCCAGCAGAUGUUCGAUGCCCGCAAUGCCAUGGCCGCCUGUGACCCUCGCCGUGGCCGCUACCUGACUGUGGUCAUCUUCCGUGGCCGCAUGUCCAUGAAGGAGGUGGAACGAGCACUGCUGAGUGUGCAGACCCGCCACAGCAGCUGCUUCGUGGAGUGAUCCCCAACAACGGUGAAGGUGGCCGUAUGCGACAUCCCACCCCGGGGCUUGCCCAUGGCUGCCACCUUCAUCGGCAAUAACACGAGCUACCAGGAGCUGUUCUCCCGUGUCUCCGAGCAGUUCUCAGCCAUGUUCAAGAGAACCUUUGUGCACUGGUACAACGGGCGAGGGAUGGAUGUGGGCGAGUUCGUGGAAGCCGAAGGCAACAUCCAUGACCUGGUGUCCGAGUACCAACAGUUCCAAGAUGCCAGAGCUGUGCUGGAUGAGCCUGGAGAGGCGUUGGGGGGGAUGCAGAGCUUGGAAUCUUGA